AUGGCGAUUCCCAAGAUCCCUGUUACCAUCACAUACCGCCAUCCCAACGCUCGGCCUCCCAUAUUCGUUGCCGGCGGGUUUUCGGAACCUGAAUGGCAACCGCAGGAAAUGGAAUAUACCGGAGAGAAUAAUGGCGACCACACGUUCAAGGUCAAGGUCUUUGCCGAAGCCGGCUCCUCAUUCCAAUACAAGUUCCGUCUAGGUACCGGAGACUGGUGGGUGCUUGACGAGAAAGCGCCCACUGCGGCCGACAAAGCAGGAAACCGGAAUAACGUCAUGCAUGUACCUCCAGUGGCAGAGCCAUCUGCGCCCCCUGCCGUCGCUGAGAAGGCAAGAAGGAUAUCAGUUCACGAGCAGCCGACUGCCGUGGAAAACACUGCAGCUGCCACAACCGACCUAAAAGGUCCGGGGGCAGGGGAUGGUGUUCCGAGACCUUUUCGCAAUGUCGCUGUCGAGAUCUUGAACCGCUCUACGCCUCAGUCAGGGGCCAGCACUCCCAACUUCGUGAGAACUGCAGCCGAGGUUGCGGACUCGGCCGCGACCCUCGACAAAGAGGAGUCUGAGCCGGAAAUCUCGGACAGGGAAGCUGGCAGAGCAGGCGUUCGCCGUAUGUCAUCAACCCCGAUUGCAGAAGUUUCAAGAACUGCGGCGGAAGUAGCCGACAGCGCGAAGGCGCUCGAUGCCGAUUGUGAGGAGGCUAUCCACGGGCUGGAACUGCGUCCAGCCGAGUAUGAUGACUUGGAACCGUUUGGGUCUGGGGACCCAAUUCCGAACGAGAGCGGAACCCCUCUGUUUGCACAUGAGUGCAUUGGCAUGUACGAAAGCGAUAACGAUACGGGACCGCAGGACUCGCAUGGCCCUGGCAAGCACGGCCGUGGCGAUCAUAUUGAUGCAGACGGUACUGAUCUUAAUGAUCCAACAUUGGAGAGGUUCCCAUCGAACUGGGAAGAGAUUGUCGACACUGUACGGAAGUUAGAAGGAGGGCUAAACGAGGACCAUGCGACAGCCGGUGGCAUACCUCUAUCACCCGCUAUUAGCGCUUCCAGACGGUUCAGUUGCGACCCGGCUGGCGAUCUAGCGGUGUCUCCUGUUGCGGUGAGCCCAGUUGCAUCGCGCAAGUCGAGACACCUUGGAGUGCCCAGGUCUCCUCCUGGCUCGGUGGGCUCGGAUCGAUCAUCGGCAUUGUCGCUUCAUUCCAUACCUGAGGUGCAUGAGGCUGGUGUUGCCGAGGGAAAUGAUUCGUCCCCUUUGGUUUUCAAGCAGGCAGCUGCGAAGGAGUCCAGGAAUGAGGGGGUGAUAUCGCCCGCAAGCGAUGAUUCCGAGGGUGUCGUCAUGAAGAGCCCUGCCACGAAGACUUCGGGAAGAACUGAUCAUGAAGAGCCGGGGUCUCUAAAUCCAGGUACAGUCGCUCCUCCUGUUGGGCCCUCUUCAAAAACUUCGACUGAAAGGACGGGGGAGACCGCGAGCGCUAUUUCUCAGCCUAGUCGAGCGCUUGCGGCGACGACAGAAAGUAGCGCACUGGAGAUACCCAAGGCUACGACCCCAGAAAGCGACAUCUUCAGAAACCCCCAAAGAGAGGUUAAUACCAUCGACACUGGGAAAUCCACUGCUGUUCGCGCCAACAGCUCAGCACGACGACCUAAGAACCGUGUGACAGCACCAGAGCGCGUCGGCACGCCGACUUCGAUCAAUUCUGUCCGGCUCCAGGCUGAUGGGGACGGUAAUUGGUUCCGGAUCUUCUUCAGGAUGCUGUUCGUGGACUGGAUUGGCGGUUUCAUAAGCCGGAUAUGGAACAGGGCGAGGGCUUCCAUCGGUUGA